GAUGCACAAAUAUCCCGAGGGAAUGGAGCCGCCCUGAUACUCACUCCUCGGAAGGAACGCGAAACACCAUUCGCCAGUAUCAACGAAGAUCGUAUACCCGCUCAUCACGAAUUCCCUCAAGAAUUGCCUUCCACAUUGAGCUUUGUCCAACCUCUAAUAGCCAUAGGAAGCUGCCAACGAACUAAUCUUGGGUGAUUUUGCUGCUGUCUUUCGAUAACCAAUGCCUGGAAGAUGAACAUGUUUUGCUAUUCUCAUGAGGUACCAUAAAAAUCUACAUUCAAUCUGUAAACGCUUCACAGGCAUUACUACUCUCCAGCUCAUUUCAUCGCAUACAACCUGCAAAAACCUUGAGUCUGUUGUGUUCCCUCCAAACACUCCGGAGGCUUUAUCCGCACAUAUUGCGUCUAUCUUGCAAAAUUUUUCUGACCCUGGUUCCAUUCCGCUAGUUCGCCAAGUUCAUGCCCAGGUCAUUGUGAAUGGAAUUGGCAACGUUGGAUUUCUGGGUUCAAAGAUUCUGGGCGUUUAUGUUCUUUGCGGCAGCUUCAUGGAUGCUAGAAACACGUUCUUUCAGCUUGAUUUGCGGUAUGCGUCGCCGUGGAAUUGGAUGAUUAGAGCGUUUACCAUGACGUGUUGUUUUGAUUUUGCUUUGCUUUUUUACUUCAAGAUGUUGGGGUGUGGAACUUCUCCAGACAAGUAUACUUUUCCUUACGUUAUUAAGGCUUGCGGUGGUUUGAAUGAUCUAAGUUUGGGGAAGUUAAUUCACAACAGCAUUCGUUUGAUGGGUUUUGAGAUUGAUGUAUUUGUUGGUAGUUCUCUGAUCAAUUUCUAUGCAAACAAUGGUUGCAUUGAUGAUGCACGUUUGUUGUUCGACAAAAUGCCUUACAGAGAUUGUGCUUUGUGGAACGUGAUGCUCAGUGGUUAUGUGAAAGGUGGAGACACAUAUAAUUCUUUAUGGCUGUUUAGGGAAAUGAGGAACGGUGAAACUAAGCCCAAUUCAGUUACAUAUGCCAGUAUGCUUUCUGUCUGUGCGUCCCAGGGAAUGAUUAAUUUAGGUUCUCAGCUACAUGGGCUUGUAAAUAUAUGUGGACUGGAAAUGGAUUCUCUAGUGGCCAACUCACUAUUGUCUAUGUAUGCAAAGGGCCGAAACUUGUCUGAUGCACGUAAAUUAUUUGACACUAUGCACAAAACUGACUUGGUCACUUGGAAUGGGAUUAUUGCUGGUUAUGUCCAGAAUGGGCUUAUGGAUGACGCUGCACAAAUGUUUGAUGAGAUGAUAUCUUCUGGCAUUAAACCUGACCUAAUUACAUUUGCAAGUUUCCUCCCAUCUGUAACCGAAUCAGCAAGUUUGAAACAAGGCAAGGAAAUUCAUGGUUAUGUUGUAAGACAUGGCAUGCCUUUGGAUGUGUUUUUGAAAAGUGCUCUUAUUGAUGUAUACUUUAAGUGUAGGAAUGUGGAGAUGGCACGCAAUAUUUUCAACCAAAGCACUGCAAUAGAUAUUGUGGUUUGCACAGCUAUGAUUUCAGGGUAUGUGCUCAAUGGAAUGAAUGGUGAUGCUUUAGAAAUUUUUCAGUUGUUGCUUAAGGAGCAAAUGAGACCCAAUUCAGUAACACUGGCAAGUGUUCUGCCGGCUUGUGCUGGUUUGGCUGCUCUUAAAUUGGGGAAGGAAUUACACUGUAACAUACUCAAGAAUGGGCAGGACAAAGGAUGUUAUGUGGGUAGUGCAAUUACAGACAUGUAUGCAAAAUGUGGAAGAUUGGAUCUUGCCCAUAAAUAUUUUGUAAGAAUGCCUGAAAAAGAUGCUAUUUGUUGGAACUCAAUGAUCACAAGUUGUGCACAGAAUGGCAAACCAGAAGAAGCCAUUGAUCUUUUCCACCAAAUGGGGAUGGAAGGAGCCAGCUAUGACUGUGUUAGCAUAUCAGCUGCUCUUUCUGCUUGUGCAAAUUUAGCAGCACUCCGUUAUGGGAAAGAGAUCCAUGGUUUCAUGAUGGGAGGUGCUUUCAGCUUAGAUCUUUAUGCUGAGAGUGCACUAAUAGACAUGUAUGCUAAAUGUGGAAAAUUGGAUUUUGCUCACCGUGUAUUUAACAUGAUGCAAGGGAAAAGUGAAGUUUCAUGGAAUACCAUUAUUGCUGCUUAUGGGAGCCAUGGGUGCCUUAGAAACUCUAUUGAUCUGUUCCAUGAAAUGGUAGCAGAAGGAAUUCAACCAGACCAUGUUACCUUCCUUGCCAUAAUGUCUGCCUGUGCUCACGCUGGCCAAGUUGAUGAAGGAAUUUGCUACUUCCAACGCAUGACCCAAGAGUAUGGGAUAACAGCUAGAAUGGAGCAUUAUGCGUGCAUGGUUGAUUUGUUUGGGCGUGCUGGUUGUUUGUGUGAAGCAGUGGAAGUCAUAAAGAGUAUGCCUUUUAAUCCAGAUGCUGGUAUCUGGGGAACAUUGCUUGGAGCUUGUCGAAUACAUGGAAAUGUUGAGCUAGCUGAAUUUGCUUCAGGAUAUCUAUUUGAUUUAGAUCCACAAAAUUCUGGCUACUACAUGUUAUUAGCCAAUGUUCAUGCUGAUGCAGGGCAGUGGCACAGUGUUUGCAAGAUACGAAGCAUGAUGAAAGAAAGAAGAGUGCAGAAGGUACCCGGUUACAGUUGGAUUGAAGUCAACAAUAUCACCCAUAUGUUUGUUGCUGCUGAUGAUAGUCACCCACGAUCUGCUCAGAUAUAUUUACUGCUGAAUAAUCUUCUCCAAGAGCUCAGAAAAUAUGGUUAUAAUGCACCCAGAGACAAUGGAAUAAUAUCGACCCAAAAGAGGAUACACAUAUCUUAAUAAAGAAUAUAACCAGGAAAAUGGUAAGUCAGGGCACUCUUAUCUUUUUUUAAGUCUGCCCUCCAACCUAGGUUUUUUUUUUUUUUUUUUUUAAAUUGAUAGGCUGCAUCUUGUGUUUUCCACAACUGAUAAGUAUCUAAUGGGAUGAGAUCUGUGAUCAAAUGCAUUCAGAUUUUGUAAUCAAUUCAGUAGUAGCAGAGAAAAGAACAUAGAUAUUACCUUUUUUAUCGAAAAGAAAAUUUUCUAGAAAGACUUGAGGCUUCGGCAAUCUUGUCAAUAGGUGCAGCAAGUUGAAAUUGUAUGUAUUUUUGUGAUCUCUUGUCGUUCUAGCAUAUCAACAGUAAAAUAAGAUCCUGCUAUUAUGGUGUUU